CAUUUUUUCCUUUUCGGCAGUUUUCUUCAUCAGAAACGAUGGCAUCGUGUUGGUCACCCUUAACUCAAGUUUGUUUAUGGUCUCACUAACAUUGAGUUUAAGUACAUUCACGCUCGACCUCACACAUCAACCUUUUAUUCCAGGCUUCCAGCUUUGAGGUCCAUCACGGCCUAGAGGCACGCCCACCUUACCUGGAUUCGUGCCCUGGCCAUCCCGUGGUUAUGCCGCCCUACAAUUUCUUCCACGAUAUAUUGACCGACUAUCAAAACAACCGAUUCUGUGAUUUGGCCCUGUGCGGUUCACCUGGAGAUGCCUCGGUCGAACCCAUUCUCUGCCACAAGUUGAUCUUGUGCGCCUUGGUGCGUGAUUGGCGCCACGUGAUCGACGAAGACACGGAUCGCGUCACUUGGCCGGAUAUCGAGCACGUCCGUUUAAAAGCGUUUGUCGAUAGACUCUAUCACUCACUUACUAAUCACGACGAAUCAUGGCGGGAUUGGCAAACUCAAGUGAGCGCUGUCUUUGGUCCGGGCGCGCCGGUGGGCGUGAAAACGGUGGCAAAUGGCGUCCUGACCGCUCUGUCCGAAGCGUGCCAGCCGGAACAUCCCAACCAUGAGGAGAACAAGGAGACAUUGACUGAGGUGAUAAUGGAGAUGGACGUGGAUUUCCAAGAGGAUCAGGCUAUCAAUUUGUUCGAUGAAUCGAAAGUCGAGUCACAAGAUGAUGGUGAUAAUGACGACGAUUUUGAAGAGGACACAUUUCAAGUAAACAGUGAUCAAAAUGAAAUCGAUGAAGAUGAUUGGGAAGGCCGUUUGGACCACGAUCAAAUCGUGGUGGAUGAAGAUUCUCAAGCUACCCGGAGUGCGUCAAAAGACAUUGACAAUAAAAGAGCAAGACCCUCGGUCAAAGACGCAAGACGAAAGAAAAUGUUGGCUCAAAAUCAGGCCAUGAUGCAGAGUGAUAGCGUGGACAAAGUGAUCGACCACCAACCGAUUCAAGAGCUGUUGAAGAGCCAAUCUGAUGGAAUUCUUCGCGUAGAUGUGACUUGUCCCCCCAUGGAAUCCAAAAUUUUCGUGGGCAAAGGACUAACCAAGCAAGAAGAAGCUUUUUUUGCCUUGGUCGGAGUUCAGCAAAUUAACGGAGAACUCCGAGGCCAGUCCUUGGCUUGGACCACGGAAGAUUCUCGAGUGAUCGAUGAAGUCUUCCAACCUACAUUGAUUGCCUUCCAAAGCGUGUUUGGUCUAUCCAGGGCUCUUCUUAUGGGUUCGAGCUGCUUUCGAUCCUACGCUGGAAAAGGAUCCCAGACCAAGGGCCCAAAUUAUGUCAAUGACCUCCGCCGAAAAUUCCUGUACCAAUGUACCCGAAAUGACUUGGAGAACGAGCUCAACAGUCAACCAGUCGUCGAAGCCAAUGCCAUCUCUGAGGCCACUCGGAGGGAAAUCAGUCUUCCUGAAGGCGAUUAUACCAUUCGGAUGAGUGAGAUCCUGUCCUCGUUUGAUGACAUUGUUCUGGUGGGGGUUUACAAGCAUGGCGUGGAAGUACGCCAAGUGCACUAUUCCCCGGGGCUCAAUCGGAAUUAUGUGGCUCUGACUGUGUGCCGCUUGUUAACCUUGGUGUGGGUAGGAGGUAACCACCAGGCCAGAUUUCCCAAAAGUCCCAAGGUCGUCCACUUGAACAAAGAGCACACGAGAUUAAAGUAUAUCGAGUUCAUGGCUAAGAAACUAUUGGCAUCCGAUGAAGAGCUACCCAUUCCUUUGCCUUUGGUGACGUGUGAAAUAUGUGGGAAGCAAAUUCAAGAAACCAUCUUUAUGAAUAACAUGACCUUCCACAAGCAAAAACACGCACUCGAGAAGAUUCAAUGCGGCUGUGAUAUCAAAUUUCGCUCGCUCACCCAUAAACAUCGGCAUUUCGAUGAGCAUCACCGCGACAAAAUUUUGAAACAGUUUGGGAGUCUCAAAAACCCGUUGGGAUCGAAGAUUAAGAGAAAGCGGAAGAAAGAGCGAGGGGCGCAUGUUUGUGACACGUGUGGCAAAGUUCUAGGGUCGGUCAAUACCUUAAAAGAUCACAUCAAUCGGACACAUAACAAGUUUCAUUGCAAUCAUUGCAAGAUCGACUUCCCAUCGGCCAAGAAGUUCAAGCGACAUUGGACCCAAGCCCAUCCAGAUUCGGAUAUGGAGCUUCCUGACGGAUGGUUUUCGUGCGAUCAAUGCCCACAGCGAUUCCAGGAAAAGAUCUACGUCCAAAGACAUUGGGAACUCGUUCACGGGACCGAAGAAGACAAGGCGUAUAAGUGUGGCUUAUGUCAGAAGAAUUUUAGUGAGAAGCCCAAAUUGAAGUAUCAUAUGCUGAAUAUUCAUAUCAAAAGUCGACCCUACAACUGCCGAAGUCCCGGAUGCACGUCUACAUUUAAUUAUUGUGGCAAUCUCUACGCCCACGAGAAAAAGUUACAUGGCCGGGCUCUCGGCAAGGCCACGUCCAUUGAUAUUGUGAUCCCCGAUAGCCAAUUGUUGGAAUUGGGCUGCAAGCUCAAACCACCCAUUCAAAAAAUGUUUUAGAUAUUACCAACAUACCUAAUAGUUAAGUUAAAUGCAUCGCAAUUCAAUAAAUAUGAGCUCUUUUUAUUCGUAAA